CGAGGGCCGAGUUGAGCAGAGGCGAUGUUGCCCUUCACUGUGAACUUCAAGGUGUCGGCGCGCACCCUCACUGGGGCCCUCAAUGCUCACAACAAGGCGGCGGUGGACUGGGGCUGGCAAGGUUUAAUUGCUUAUGGAUGUCACUCACUUGUGGUAGUGAUCGAUUCCAAUACUGCCCAGACUCUUCAAGUUUUAGAAAAACAUAAAGCUGAUGUGGUCAAGGUUAAAUGGGCCAGGGAAAAUUAUCACCAUAACAUUGGCUCACCAUAUUCCUUGCGCUUAGCUUCUGCUGAUAUCAAUGGAAAGAUCAUCGUUUGGGAUGUAGCAGCGGGAGUAGCUCAGUGUGAGAUCCAAGAGCAUGCCAAACCUAUUCAGGAUGUUCAGUGGUUAUGGAAUCAAGAUGCUUCCCGAGAUUUACUACUUGCUAUCCACCCACCAAAUUAUAUUGUGCUCUGGAAUGCGGAUACUGGCACCAAACUGUGGAAGAAGAGCUAUGCAGAUAACAUCCUUUCUUUUUCUUUUGACCCUUUUGAUCCCUCCCGUUUAACUUUACUCACCAGCGAGGGUAUUGUAUUCAUCUCAGACUUCUCUCCAUCCAAGCCUCCUUCGGGCCCUGGGAAAAAAGUUUACAUAUCCAGCCCACAUUCCAGCCCAGCUCAUAAUAAGCUGGCUGCAGCCACAGGGGCCAAGAAGGCUCUUAAUAAAGUAAAAAUCUUAAUCACGCAGGAGAAACCUAGUGCUGAAUUUAUAACCCUAAAUGAUUGCCUUCAGUUGGCACAUCUGCCUUCCAAGAGAAACCACAUGUUGUUACUCUAUCCUCGGGAGAUUUUAAUCCUUGACCUUGAGGUGAAUCAAACAGUGGGUGUGAUUGCAAUAGAACGAACAGGAGUUCCAUUUCUGCAGGUAAUACCCUGCUUUCAACGUGAUGGGUUAUUUUGCCUACAUGAAAAUGGUUGUAUAACUUUACGUGUUCGAAGAUCUUAUAAUAGUGUUUUUACCACUUCAAAUGAGGAACCAGAUCCAGAUCCUGUCCAGGAGCUUACCUAUGAUUUACGAAGCCAGUGCGAUGCAAUCAGGGUGACAAAAACUGUCCGUCCCUUCAGUAUGGUGUGUUGUCCUGUUAAUGAGAAUGCAGCCGCCCUCAUAGUGAGUGAUGGCAGGGUCAUGAUAUGGGAACUCAAGUCCGCCGUUUGUAAUCGAAAUUCACGGAGCAGUAGUUCUGGUGCGUCACCUUUAUAUUCGCCCGUGUCCUUCUGUGGAAUUCCUGUAGGAGCUGUAGGAGCGCCACCCAGUAAGCUCCCAGACCUCUCCUUAGAUAACACGAUUGGACAAAGUGCCAUUGCUGGGGAGGAGCAUCCCAAAGGCCCCAUUCUGCAGGAGGUGCACCUCCGCUUCCUGCUGACGGGACUGCUUUCAGGGCUGCCCUCCCCGCAGUUUGCCAUCCGUAUGUGCCCGCCACUGACCACCAAAAACAUCAAGGUGUAUCAGCCACUGCUCGCCGUUGGUACAGGUAACGGUUCUGUCCUGGUGUACCACCUCACCAGUGGGCUGCUGCAUAAGGAGUUAAGUGUCCACUCCUGUGAAGUCAAGGGUAUCGAAUGGACCAGUUUGACUGGUUUUCUUUCCUUUGCUACUUCAACACCGAACAAUACGGGAUUAGUGAGAAAUGAACUUCAGCUGGUAGAUCUUCCCACAGGUAGGAGCAUUGCUUUUCGCGGUGAACGAGGCAAUGAUGAAUCACCCAUCGAAAUGAUUAAAGUAUCUCAUUUGAAGCAGUAUUUGGCAGUUGUAUUCAAAGAUAAACCCCUGGAGUUAUGGGAUGUGAGGACUUGUACCAUUCUUAGAGAAAUGUCCAAAAACUUCCCGGCAGUAACUGCUUUGGAGUGGUCCCCAUCUCACAACUUGAAGAGCCUGAGAAAGAAACAAUUGGCCACCCGAGAGGCCAUGGCCCGCCAGACUGUGGUCUCAGACACAGAGCUGAGCAUCGUGGAGUCCUCCGUAAUCAGCUUGUUGCAGGAGGCAGAAAGUAAAUCUGAACUCAGUCAGAACAUCUCUGCCCGGGAGCAUUUUGUGUUUACUGAUAAUGACGGCCAAGUUUAUCAUCUCACAGUGGAAGGAAAUUCAGUGAAAGAUAGUGCUCGGAUUCCACCAGAUGGAAGUAUGGGUAGUAUUACCUGCAUCGCUUGGAAAGGUGACACAUUAGUUCUUGGAGAUAUGGAUGGAAAUUUAAAUUUUUGGGAUUUGAAAGGCAGAGUAUCCAGAGGAAUACCUACACACCGAAGCUGGGUGAGGAAGAUUCGUUUUGCUCCCGGUAAAGGAAACCAGAAAUUAAUAGCAAUGUACAAUGAUGGUGCUGAAGUGUGGGAUACUAAAGAGGUUCAGAUGGUGAGCAGUUUAAGAAGUGGAAGAAAUGUGACCUUUCGGAUAUUGGAUGUGGACUGGUGUACAUCAGAUAAAGUGAUCUUGGCAUCAGACGAUGGGUGUGUCAGAGUCCUGGAGAUGUCUCUGAAGUCCACUUGUUUUAGAAUGGAUGAACAAGAGCUAACCGAGCCUGUGUGGUGCCCCUAUCUCCUUGUUCCAAGGGCCUCCCUUGCCUUGAAAGCUUUCUUACUACACCAGCCAUGGAAUGGACAGUAUUCUUUGGACAUUUCUCAGGUUGAUUAUCCAGAAAAUGAAGAAAUAAAGAAUCUCCUUCAAGAGCAGCUGAAUUCAUUAUCAAAUGACAUCAAGAAGCUCUUGCUUGAUCCAGAAUUCACUCUCCUGCAGAGAUGCCUGCUUGUUUCAAGGCUUUAUGGCGAUGAGUCAGAGCUACACUUCUGGACUGUUGCUGCCCACUACCUACACAGCUUGUCCCACGAAAAGCAAGCAGGCACCCCAGCCUCUAAAGAAACUGUGCCUCGGGACAAAGUGAACAACCCGCUGGAUAUAUGUUAUGAUAUUCUCUGUGAAAAUGCCUAUUUUCAGAAAUUUCAGCUGGAAAGGGUGAGUGUACAGGAAGCAAAGCGGUCAACUUAUGAUCACACGAGGAAAUGCACAGACCAGCUACUUCUCUUGGGUCAAACAGACAGAGCUGUGCAGUUGCUGUUAGAAACAAGUGCGGAUAACCAGCAUUAUUAUUGUGACUCCCUGAAAGCCUGUUUGGUCACAACUGUCACCUCUUCGGGCCCCUCCCAGAGCACCAUUAAGCUGGUGGCAACUAACAUGAUCGCCAAUGGCAAGCUGGCAGAGGGGGUGCAGCUGCUCUGCCUGAUAGACAAGGCCGCAGAUGCUUGCCGCUACCUGCAGACGUACGGCGAGUGGAACCGGGCCGCUUGGCUGGCAAAGGUCCGUUUAAGCUCUGAAGAGUGCGCCGAUGUUUUAAAGCGCUGGGUGGACCACCUUUGCUCUCCACAAGUCAACCAGAAGUCAAAGGCCCUCCUGGUCCUCCUCUCCCUGGGCUGCUUUUUCACGGUGGCCGAGACACUUCACAGCAUGAGAUACUUCGAUAGAGCUGCCUUGUUUGUGGAGGCCUGUCUCAAGUACGGCGCGGUCGGGGUCACUGAGGACACGGAGAAACUCAUCUCUGCUAUAUACGCAGAUUAUGCCCGAAGUUUGAAGAACCUCGGUUUUAAACAGGGAGCGGCUCUUUUUGCUUCAAAAGCUGGAGCAGCUGGCAGAGAUUUAUUGAGUGAGCUGGGGCCCCCCAAGCAAGAACGGACCGAAGAGUGACAGCUGUGCAGGACCCACCGAAAACAACCCCGGAAAGCCCCUCUUUUCUCUCACUCAGGAUGUCCCGUGAUUCUGAAGCUCUCACAUGAGUCCCUUCAGGCAGUUUAAGCAUUUUCCUUCAGCGUUUGGCUCUCUUCCGUAAAAAGUCCAAAU